AUGGGUUCAACAGACCUCCAGAAACAGGUUGGCCAGUUGUUUGCGGUCGGGUUUCAUGGCCACACACCUAGCCCGGAGAUCAAAACACUGAUUCAUGAGCAUCAUGUCGGAGGCAUCGUUUUAUUCUCCCGCAAUUUUGAAGAUGCCACCCAGCUUCAGGCCUUGACUCUGGCCUUACAGACUGAAGCAAAAUUGGCUGGCCACACACGACCUUUGCUCAUUGGAAUUGACCAAGAAAAUGGCAUAGUCACUCGGAUUUCCCCUCCGAUCGCUACUCAAAUUCCAGGGCCGAUGGCUCUUGGAGCCACGGGUGAUCCAGAGAUAGCUUACCAGGCAGGCAAAGCCACAGGAGAGACUUUGGGAUUUUUCGGCGUCAACAUGAAUUACGCUCCAGUUUGCGACAUAAACUCAGAGCCAUUGAAUCCAGUGAUCGGAGUUCGCAGCCCCGGCGACAACCCGGAAACCGUGGGCAGUUUUGCCAGUGCUGCGGCGCGUGGUCUUCGGGAGCUGAAUGUCGUUCCUAGUGUAAAGCACUUUCCCGGUCAUGGAGAUACUGCGACCGACUCACACUAUGGACUACCAGUCAUCCCCAAGACACGCGAUCAGCUCGAACGAUGUGAAUUGAUUCCAUUCCGAAGGGCCGUUGCUGAAGGCAUCGAGGCAGUCAUGACUGCCCACAUCUCCCUUCCACAUAUUGACGACAAGCUUCCCGCAACCUUGUCGCCCAACGCACUCGCGAUCCUGCGCAAAGAUAUGGCCUACGAUGGGAUGAUCAUCACUGAUUGUCUUGAAAUGGAUGGUAUCAGGUCCACUAUCGGCACUGAGCAGGGCUCGGUUCUUGCGAUCAAAGCUGGAAGUGACAGCAUCAUGCUGUGUCAUACCUUCGAGGUACAAGUUGCUUCUAUUAAAAAGGUCUGUGAAGCUGUCCAGUCUGGAACACUUGAGUCAUCUCGCUUCGAGGAUGCAUGCCGCCAUGUGGCGCAUGUGAAAGACAAGUUCCUGAGUUGGGAUACUGCCUUACGCCAUAAUGAUCUUGCAGAACUUGAUGCACUCAACAACAAGACUGCUCCGAUUUUCAGAAAAGCUUAUGAAAAGUCGGUCACUCUUGUUCGUGAUACAAAUCAAACUCUGCCCCUUUCAAGCACAGGAACUAUGGUGUUUCUUUUCCCUGGAAGUAAAAUUCCUGUUGGAGGCGCUGUGGAUGGUGAGGGACUGGGCCGACAGGGAUCAUAUCAAGUUUCCCCGUACCUUAAUGCACUUCGAUCUCACAAUCCCUCUGUGGCUGAAAUCAAGUACAAGGACACCGGACUAUCGACGGAGGAAUGGAACACCGUUAAGGCAGCUGAUGCUGUCAUCUUCGUCUCCAUAAACGGGAAGGAAGCGCCAUAUCAAGAAGCACUGGGCCAUGAACUCUCUCGAGGCGUUCGUAAACUUGUCGCUGUUGCCGCAUGUAGUCCGUAUGACUUCCUGGAUGUACCGGAGCUUCACACAUACAUCACGACCUACGAGCCGACGAUCGAAUCGUUUACAGUCGCGGCGGACAUUAUCUUUGGUCAACUAACACCAAAGGGAUCCCUUCCCGUCAGCAACGGAGCUCCAAAAAAUAAUGUGGCGUUGACUCUGUUCGAUCCCGAAAAGGAUUUGGAUGAAGUGGUAUCUGCAUGGGAGGAAAUAUUUCCAACCUACAUUUUGCCCACGGAUAGUUUAGGUACCUUGAUCACUCGGAAGAACGGCCGUCACUUUGUCGCGCGGCUUGGAUCAGAGUUAGUGGGAUUUUGUCUUGCAUAUCUCAAUGCCUUCGGUCCGCCAUCCACUGUGCAUAUAGCAGUUUUGGGAGUUACGCCAAAGCAUCAAAGUCAGGGAGUCGGCACGUCCUUGUUGAUGGAGACUCGAUCAUAUUUCAGAACCAACUUUGGCAUUCAAAAGCUUAACCUUGGCAGUUCGUUUCCUCGCUUUUGGCCUGGAAUUCCUCGUGAACUUCCUGAAUCUGUUCAAAGCUUCUUUGUCCACCGCGGCUUCCGACUAAAUGCACCAGGGAAGAGAUCAGUGGACCUAUUUCAGGAUGUUCGCAAUUUCCAAGCUCCCGAGAAAUAUAUGAGCCGUGCUCAAGAUCGAGGCUUCCGCUUUGCUCCUCUGCAGCCCGAAGACUAUGAGGCGUGCCUAGUUGGUCAGAAUAAGAACUUCUCAGAUAAAGCGGGCUGGGUCGAGGCGUAUGUUAUGUUGGAACCAAGCAAAUAUCCAUCCUGCGUGAUGGUUGCCUUUGAUUCCCAAAAUCAGCAAGUCGGAUGGACACUCAUGCUGCCACCGUGCCCGGAGUUGAAUCAAGGUUGGACAUUCCCACAGAUUUGCGGUCCAAACACCGGGUUGAUCGGCUGUGUUGGUGUUGAUGCGGAACACCGGAAAUCCGGCAUUGGUCUGGCGCUCAUCUGUCAUGCCGUUGAGAAUAUGAAGCAGCGGGGAAUUGAAGGAGUCUUUGUUGACUGGGUGGCUUUAGAUGGAUGGUAUGAACAGGUCGGAUUUACGACUUGGAGAAGCUAUCGACCUGGUGAGAUUUGA